AUGGGGCAGUCAUUUUUCGAAGAUAAUCAUAAUGCAACAAUUGUUAGAGUGCUGCUGGUGUUCUUAGUAUCGAUCUUUCUCUUACACUCCACAGAUGCCGGAAUCGGAGCAAACUACGGCACCAUCGCCGACAACUUACCUCCGCCGCCGGAAGUUCUUUCCCUUUGCCAAGAACACAACAUCACAAGCAUUCGAAUAUUCGAUCCGAACCCCUCAAUUCUUGAAGCCCUUUCCAAAGGCUACCGCAAGAUUUCGGUCCUCAUAGGCGUCGUAAACCAAGACAUCCCCGCGAUUGCCAACGACCCCAACACUGCAAAGUCAUGGGUUCAAACCAACAUCCUCAGGUACAAAAAGCUCAACGUCAAAUACAUCGCAGUUGGGAACGAAAUCACCCCAUCUGACGCCGCAAUCGCCCCUAGCGUCGCCCCAGCCAUGCAAAACAUCCAAGCCGCCGUUACGGCGGCGGGGCUAUCUAAAAAAAUUAAAGUCUCCACGGCCCUCAGCACGGCCGUGUUAGGUAACUCAUACCCUCCCUCUGCAGGGCAAUUCAAGCCAGAGUUCGUCCCGUCAUUCAUAACCCCUAUAGUAAAGUUCCUAACCCUAACUCGAGCCCCUCUUCUCGUCAAUGUCUAUCCCUAUUUUGCCUAUAUAAGCGAUCCGGUGAAUAUUAAAUUAGAUUAUGCGCUUUUUACGUCUUCGACGGCCGUGGUGGUUGACGGAGAGUAUCGAUACUACAAUUUGUUCACGGCUAUCGUGGAUGCGUUCUACGCAGCGCUUGAGAAGGUGGACGGUGGAGAUUUGAGGUUGGUUGUGUCGGAGACGGGAUGGCCGUCGGAUGGAGGGAUAGCGACGAGUGUGGAGAAUGCCAAGACUUAUAAUCAGAAUUUGGUGAAGUUUGUGAAAAAGGGGACGCCGAGGAGGGCGGGAAAGGGUAUUGAGACAUAUAUAUUUGAUCUGAUUGAUGAGAAUCAGAAAAGCCCUGAGCUUGAGAAGCAUUGGGGGCUGUUUCUGUCGAAUAAACAGCCAAAGUAUCCCAUAACUAUUGAUGGAAUAUGA